AUGGCCUGCCAAACCCAAAGACCAAUAGACCAUCGCCAUAUAUGCAUCAGUACAGUAACCCAAGUCACCACCGAACACCGCUUUUUGCUUUUCAAAUCAAGUGUGCGUGUGAAUCGGGUCUCUCUCUGUCUUUACAGAAACAUGGAUUCAUCACCACCACUUUCAUCAAUGGCAAGUCACCCGAUCAUGCCUCGGGUUGGUGUUGUUGCUGAUGAUCGCACUUCAGAAGAGGAUGUCUGCAGUAUAUGCCUCGACGCUUUUGAUUCCCAGGAUAACCCUCCCACUAUAACCACCUGCAAGCAUGCAUUUCAUCUCCAGUGUAUUCUUGAGUGGUCACAAAGAAGCAAAGAAUGCCCAAUAUGUUGGCAGUUGACUGUGUUAAAGGAUCCAACCAGUCAAGAGCUGCUAUCAAUGGUUGAGGAUGAAAGAAGCAUGAGAUCCAUUCUCACUGUUCGCCAUAUAUACGAGGAUCCUGAAGUUGAUCAUGAUGUUGAAUACAAUGAUACUCAUUUUGAAGAAGAAAUUAUGACAAGUUUUGGUAGCAGAAGGCACAAACAGAGACUUUCAGGAGUUGGCCCUUCGGUUCCAAGGGCAGAUUCGUCAAUUGGACAGGAAGAGUAUACUCCACUUGAAGAAUUCCACAGUUUAAGCUAUGCUUCAUCACAGGAUAACAGAGAUUCCAACACUAACCCUAGUGAGUCACCAAAUGGAAAUGGUAGCCCAAGAAGAGCAAUAGCAGCUGAUAUGCAUGCAUUCUCAGAGUCUGUUAAAUCCAAGUUUUCUGCUGCUUCAGCAAGAUAUAAGGAAUCUUUCUCAAAAAGCACUCAAGGUCAAAUUAGGAGCCGUGUAGAUCCGUUCAGAAUAUGAUCUGAUGGGUGUUUUUCACUUGCGAAAGUAAGUUGAAAAUCGAGCUCUACUUCUACAAGUGAUAAUAGUAAAGUGACGUACACUGAUGAACGGAUCUCGCAUAACAUCAAUAAGUGUAUUUGACAUUUUUUCAAGAUGGCUUAUGUUUCUAAAAAGAAUGACUACAUUUUUUUGUGUGGUUAGGAUUAUUACUAAAACAAGAUAUGGGUGAGAAGGAAAGAGAUUUCUUGGAGAAAUCCUUCCCUCUUAGCUCUAUUGUAAUUUCUUUUCCAUGAAUAUGUUUUUAUUUAAUGGUAUGAUGUCCCAAUAUAAUUGUGCUAGGAGUAUGAUUGUCCUACUACAUCUACGAAUGGUUCUCCAUUUCAUGCUUGAAUAGGG